AUGCUUUCCAUCACCCCGCCCCAUUCUCCCUCUUUCCAUCACCCCCGCCUCAUUCUCCCGCUUUCCAUCACCCCGCUUCAUUCUCCCGCUUUCCAUCACCCCGCCCCAUUCUCCCGCUUUCCAUCACCCCGCCCUAUUCUCCCUCUUUCCAUCACCCCGCCCCAUUCUCCCUCUUUCCGUAACCCCGCCCCAUUCUCCCGCUUUCCAUCACCCCGCCUCAUUCUCCCGCUUUCCAUCACCCCGCCCCAUUCUCCCGCUUUCCAUCACCCGGCCCCAUACUCCCGCUUUCCAUCACCCCGCCCCAUUCUCCCUCCUUCCAUCAUCCCGCACCAUUCUCCCGCUUUCCAUCACCCCGCCCCAUUCUUCCUCUUUCCAUCACCCCGCCCCAUUCUCCCUCUUUCCAUCACCCCGCCCCAUUCUCCUGCUUUCCAUCACCCUGCCCCAUUCUCCCGCUCUCCAUCAGCUCGCCCUAUUCUCCCUCUUUCCAUCACCCGGCCCCAUUCUCCCUCUUUCCAUCACCCUGCCCCAUUCUCCCUUUUUCCAUCACCCCGCCCCAUUCUCCUGCUUUCCAUCACCCCGCCCCAUUCUCCCGCUUUCCAUCACCCCGCCUCAUUCUCCCGCUUUCCAUCACCCCGCCCCAUUCUCCCGCUUUCCAUCACCAGGCCCCAUUCUCCCGCUUUCCAGCACCCCGCCCCAUUCUCCCUCUUUCCAUCACCCCGCCCCAUUCUCCCGCUUUCCAUCACCCCGCCCCAUUCUCCCUCUUUCCAUAACCCCGCCCCAUUCUCCCUCUUUCCAUCACCCCGCCCCAUUCUCCCGCGUUCCAUCACCCCGCCCCAUUCUCCCGCUUUCCAUCAUCCCGCCCCAUUCUCCCGCUUUCCAUCACCCCGCCCCAUUCUCCCGCUUUCCAUCACCCCGUCCCAUUCUCCCGCUUUCCAUCACCCCGCCCCAUUCUCCCUCUUUCCAUCUCCCGCCCCAUUCUCCCUCUUUCCAUCACCCCGCCCCAUUCUCCCGCUUUCCAUCACCCCGACCCAUUCUCCCUCUUUCCAUCACCCCGCCCCAUUCUUCCUCUUUCCAUCACCGCGCCCCAUUCUCCCUCUUUCCAUAUCCCCGCCCCCACCCCGCCCCAUUCUCCCGCUUUCCAUCACCCCGCCCCAUUACCCCGCUUUCCAUCACCCCGCCCCACUCUUCCGCUUUCCAUCACCCCCGCCCCAUUCUCCCGCUUUCCAUCACCCCCGCCCCAUUCUCCCACUUUCCAUCACCCCCGCCCCAUUCUCCCGCUUUUCAUCACCCCGCCCCAUUCUCCCGCUUUCCAUCACCCCGCCCCAUUCUCCCACUUUCCAUCACCCCGCCCCAUUCUCCCACUUUCCAUCACCCCGCCCCAUUCUCCCGCUUUCCAUCACCCCGACCCAUUCUCCCUCUUUCCAUCAUCCCUUCCUCUUUCCAUCACCCCGCCCCAUUCUCCCUCUUUCCAUAACCCCGCCCCGUUCUCCCGCUUUCCAUCACCCCGCCCCGUUCUCCCGCUUUCCAUCACCCCGCCCCGUUCUCCCGCUUUCCAUCACCCCGCCCCGUUCUCCCGCUUUCCAGCACCCCGCCCCAUUCUCCCGCUUUCCAUCACCCCGCCCCAUUCUCCCGCUUUCCAGCACCCCGCCCCAUUUUCCCGCUUUCCAGCACCCCGCCCCAUUCUCCCGCUUUCCAUCACCCCGCCCCACUCUUCCGCUUUCCAGCACCCCGCCCCAUUCUCCCGCUUUCCAUCACCCCGCCCCAUUCUCCCGCUUUCCAUCACCCCGCCCCAUUCUCCCGCUUUCCAUCACCCCGCCCCAUUCUCCCGCUUUCCAUCACCCCGCCCCAUUCUCCCGCUUUCCAUCACCCCGCCCCAUUCUCCCACUUUCCAUCAUCCCGCCCCAUUCUCCCACUUUCCAUCACCCCGCCCCAUUCUCCCACUUUCCAUCACCCCGCCCCAUUCUCCUGCUUUCCAUCACCCCGACACAUUCUCCCUCUUUCCAUCACCCCGCCCCACUCUUCCGCUUUCCAGCACCCCGCCCCAUUCUCCCGCUUUCCAUCACCCCGCCCCAUUCUCCCGCUUUCCAUCACCCCGCCCCAUUCUCCCUCUUUCCAUCAACCCGCCCCAUUCUCCCGCUUUCCAUCACCCCGCCCCAUUCUCCCUCUUUCCAUCACCCCCCCCCCAUUCUUCCGCUUUCCAUCACCCUGCCACAUUCUCCCGCUUUCCAGCGCCCUGCCCCAUUCUCCCGCUUUCCAUCACCCCGCCCCAUUCUCCCGCUUUCCAUCACCCCGCCCCAUUCUCCCUCUUUCCAUCACUCCGCCCCAUUCUCCCGCUUUCCAUCACCCCGUCCCAUUCUCCCUCUUUCCAUCACCCGCCCCAUUCUCCCGCUUUCCAUCACCCGCCCCAUUCUCCCGCUUUCCAUUAUCCCGCCCCAUUCUCCCGCUUUCCAUCCCCCGCCCCAUUCUCCCUCUUUCCAUCACCCCGCCCCAUUCUCCCUCUUUCCAUCACCCCGCCCCAUUCUCCCUCUUUCCAUCACCCCGCCCCAUUCUCCCGCUUUCCAUCACCCCGCCCCAUUCUCCCUCUUUCCAUCACCCCGCCCCAUUCUCCCUCUUUCCAUCACCCCGCCCCAUUCUCCCUCUUUCCAUAACCCCGCCCCGUUCUCCCGAUUUCCAUCACCCCGCCCCAUUCUCCCGCUUUCCAUCACCCCGCCCCAUUCUCCCACUUUCCAUCACCCCGCCCCAUUCUCCCGCUUUCCAGCACCCGGCCCCAUUCUCCCGCUUUCCAUCACCUCGCCCCAUUCUCCCGCUUUCCAUCACCCCGCCCCACUCUUCCGCUUUCCAGCACCCCGCCCCAUUCUCCCGCUUUCCAUCAACCCGCCCCAUUCGCUGGCUUUCCAGCACCCCCAUUCUCCCGCGUUCCAUCACCCCGCCCCGUUCUACCGCUUUCCAUCACCCCGCCUCAUUCUCCCGCUUUCCAUCACCCCGCCCCGUUCUCCCGCUUUCCAUCACCCCGCCUCAUUCUCCCGCUUUCCAUCACCCCGCCCCAUUCUCCCGCUUUCCAUCACCCCGUCCCAUUCUCCCGCUUUCCAUCACCCCGCCCCAUUCUCCCUCUUUCCAUCACCCCGCCCCAUUCUCCCUCUUUCCAUCACCCCGCCCCAUUCUCCCGCUUUCCAUCACCCCGCCCGAUUCUCCCGCUUUUCAUCACCCCGCCCCAUUCUUCCGCUUUCCAUCACCCCGCCCCAUUCUCCCGCUUUCCAUCACCCCGCCCCAUUCUCAUGCUUUCCAUCACCCCGCCCCAUUCUCCCUCUUUCCAUCACCCCCGCCCCAUUCUCCCGCUUUCCAUCACCCCGCCCUAUUCUCCCUCUUUCCAUCACCCCGCCCCAUUCUCCCUCUUUCCGUAACCCCGCCCCAUUCUCCCGCUUUCCAGCACCCCGCCCCAUUCUCCCGCUUUCCAUCAACCCGCCCCAUUCUCUGGCUUUCCAGCACCCCCAUUCUCCCGCGUUCCAUCACCCCGCCCCGUUCUCCCGCUUUCCAUCACCCCGCCUCAUUCUCCCGCUUUCCAUCACCCCGCCCCGUUCUCCCGCUUUCCAUCACCCCGCCCCAUUCUCCCGCUUUCCAUCACCCCGCCCCAUUCUCCCGCUUUCCAUCACCCCGUCCCAUUCUCCCGCUUUCCAUCACCCCGCCCCAUUCUCCCUCUUUCCAUCACCCCGCCCCAUUCUCCCUCUUUCCAUCACCCCGCCCCAUUCUCCCGCUUUCCAUCACCCCGCCCGAUUCUCCCGCUUUUCAUCACCCUGCCCCAUUCUUCCGCUUUCCAUCACCCCGCCCCAUUCUCCCGAUUUCCAUCACCCCGCCCCAUUCUCAUGCUUUCCAUCACCCCGCCCCAUUCUCCCUCUUUCCAUCACCCCCGCCCCAUUCUCCCGCUUUCCAUCACCCCGCUUCAUUCUCCCGCUUUCCAUCACCCCGCCCCAUUCUCCCGCUUUCCAUCACCCCGCCCUAUUCUCCCUCUUUCCAUCACCCCGCCCCAUUCUCCCUCUUUCCCACCCCCAUUCUCCCGCGUUCCAUCACCCCGCCCCGUUCUCCCGCUUUCCAUCACCCCGCCUCAUUCUCCCGCUUUCCAUCACCCCGCCCCGUUCUCCCGCUUUCCAUCACCCCGCCCCAUUCUCCCGCUUUCCAUCACCCCGCCCCAUUCUCCCGCUUUCCAUCACCCCGUCCCAUUCUCCCGCUUUCCAUCACCCCGCCCCAUUCUCCCUCUUUCCAUCACCCCGCCCCAUUCUCCCUCUUUCCAUCACCCCGCCCCAUUCUCCCGCUUUCCAUCACCCCGCCCGAUUCUCCCGCUUUUCAUCACCCCGCCCCAUUCUUCCGCUUUCCAUCACCCCGCCCCAUUCUCCCGAUUUCCAUCACCCCGCCCCAUUCUCAUGCUUUCCAUCACCCCGCCCCAUUCUCCCUCUUUCCAUCACCCCCGCCCCAUUCUCCCGCUUUCCAUCACCCCGCUUCAUUCUCCCGCUUUCCAUCACCCCGCCCCAUUCUCCCGCUUUCCAUCACCCCGCCCUAUUCUCCCUCUUUCCAUCACCCCGCCCCAUUCUCCCUCUUUCCGUAACCCCGCCCCAUUCUCCCGCUUUCCAUCACCCCGCCUCAUUCUCCCGCUUUCCAUCACCCCGCCCCAUUCUCCCGCUUUCCAUCACCCGGCCCCAUACUCCCGCUUUCCAUCACCCCGCCCCAUUCUCCCUCCUUCCAUCAUCCCGCCCCAUUCUCCCGCUUUCCAUCACCCCGCCCCAUUCUUCCUCUUUCCAUCACCCCGCCCCAUUCUCCCUCUUUCCAUCACCCCGCCCCAUUCUCCUGCUUUCCAUCACCCUGCCCCAUUCUCCCGCUCUCCAUCAGCUCGCCCCAUUCUCCCUCUUUCCAUCACCCCGCCCCAUUCUCCCUCUUUCCAUCACCCCGCCCCGUUCUCCCGCUUUCCAUCACCCCGCCCCGUUCUCCCGCUUUCCAUCCCCCGCCCCAUUCUCCUCUUUCCAUCACCCCGCCCCAUUCUCCCUCUUUCCAUCACCCCGCCCCAUUCUCCCUCUUUCCAUCACCCCGCCCCAUUCUCCCGCUUUCCAUCAACCCGCCCCAUUCUCCCUCUUUCCAUCACCCCGCCCCAUUCUCCCUCUUUCCAUAACCCCGCCCCGUUCUCCCGCUUUCCAUCACCGCGCCCCAUUCUCCCGCUUUCCAUCACCCCGCCCCAUUCUCCCACUUUCCAUCACCCCGCCCCAUUCUCCCGUUUUCCAGCACCCCGCCCCAUUCUCCCGCUUUCCAGCACCCCGCCCCAUUCUCCCGCUUUCCAUCACCCCGCCCCACUCUUCCGCUUUCGAGCACCCCGCCCCAUUCUCCCGCUUUCCGUCAACCCGCCCCAUUCUCCCGCUUUCCAGCACCCCGCCCGAUUCUCCCGCUUUCCAUCACCCCGCCCCGUUCUCCCGCUUUCAAUCACCCCGCCUCAUUCUCCCGCUUUCCAUCACCCCGCCCCAUUCUCCCGCUUUCCAUCACCCCGUCCCAUUCUCCCUCUUUCCAUCACCCCGCCCCAUUCUCCCGCUUUCCAUCACCCGCCCCAUUCUCUCACUUUCCAUCAUCCCGCCCCAUACUCCCGCUUUCCAUCACCCCGCCCCAUUCUCCCUCUUUCCAUCACCCCGCCCCAUUCUCCCUCUUUCCAUCACCCCGCCCCAUUCUCCCGCUUUCCAUCACCCCGACCCAUUCUCCCUCUUUCCAUCACCCCGCCCCAUUCUUCCUCUUUCCAUCACCUCGCCCCAUUCUCCCUCUUUCCAUAACCCCGCCCCGUUCUCCCGCUUUCCAUCACCCCGCCCCAUUCUCCCGUUUUCCAUCACCCCGCCCCAUUCUCCCACUUUCCAUCACCCCGCCCCAUUCUCCCACUUUCCAGCACCCCGCCCCAUUCUCCUGCUUUCCAUCACCCCGUCCCAUUAUCCCGCUUUCCAUCACCCCGCCCCACUCUUCCGCUUUCCAUCACCCCCGCCCCAUUCUCCCGCUUUCCAUCACCCCGCCCCAUUCUCCCACUUUCCAUCACCCCCGCCCCAUUCUCCCGCUUUUCAUCACCCCGCCCCAUUCUCCCGCUUUCCAUCACCCCGCCCAUUCUCUCGCUUUCCAUCACCCCGCCCCAUUCUCCCGCUUUCCAUCACCCCGCCCCAUUCUCCCGCUUUCCAUCACCCCGCCCCAUUCUCCCACUUUCCAUCACCCCGCCCCAUUCUCCCACUUUCCAUCACCCCGCCCCAUUCUCCCGCUUUCCAUCACCCAGACUUAUUCUCCCUCUUUCCAUCACCCCUUCCUCUUUCCAUCACCCCGCCCCAUUCUCCCUCUUUCCAUAACCCCGCCCCGUUCUCCCGCUUUCCAUCACCCCGCCCCGUUCUCCCGCUUUCCAUCACCCCGCCCCAUUCUCCCGCUUUCUAUCACCCCGCCCCAUUCUCCCGCUUUCCAGCACCCCGCCCCAUUUUCCCGCUUUCCAGCACCCCGCCCCAUUCUCUCGCUUUCCAUCACCCCGCCCCACUCUUCCGCUUUCCAGCACCCCGCCCCAUUCUCCCGCUUUCCAUCACCCCGCCCCAUUCUCCCGCUUUCCAUCACCCCCGCCCCAUUCUCCCGCUUUCCAUCACCCCGCCCCAUUCUCCCGCUUUCCAUCACCCCGCCCCAUUCUCUCGCUUUCCAUCACCCCGCCCCAUUCCCCCGCUUUCCAUCACCCCGCCCCCAUUCUCCCGCUUUCCAUCACCCCGCCCCAUUCUCCCGCUUCCCAUCACCCCGCCCCAUUCUCCCGCUUUCCAUUACCCCGCCCCAUUCUCCCGCUUUCCAUCACCCCGCCCCAUUCUCCCGCUUUCCUUCACCUCGCCCCAUUCUCCCGCUUUCCAUUACCCCGCCCCAUUCUCCCACUUUCCAUCACCCCGCCCCAUUCUCCCGUUUUCCAGCACCCCGCCCCAUUCUCCCGCUUUCCAGCACCCCGCCCCAUUCUCCCGCUUUCCAUCACCCCGCCCCAUUCUCCCGCUUUCCAUCAUCCCGCCCCAUUCUCCCGCUUUCCAUCACCCCGCCCCAUUCUCUCGCUUUCCUUCACCCCGCCCCAUUCUCCCUCUUUCCAUCACCCCGCCCCAUUCUCCCUCUUUCCAUCACCCCGCCCCAUUCUCCCUCUUUCCAUCACCCCGCCUCAUUCUCCCGCUUUCCAUCACCCCGCCUCAUUCUCCCGCUUUCCAUCACCCCGCCCCAUUCUCCCUCUUUCCAUCACCCCGCCCCAUUCUCCCUCUUUCCAUCACCCCGCCCCAUUCUCCCUCUUUCCAUCACCCUGCCCCAUUCUCCAGCUUUCCAUCAUCCCGCCCCAUUCUCCCUCUUUCCAUCACCCUGCCCCAUUCUCCAGCUUUCCAUCACCCCGCCCCAUUCUCCCGCUUUCCAUCACCCCGCCCCAUUCUCCCUCUUUCCAUCCCCCCGCCCCAUUCUCCCUCUUUCCAACACCCCGCCACAUUCUCCCUCUUUCCAUCACCCCGCCCCAUUCUCCCUCUUUCCAUCACCCUGCCCCAUUCUCCCGUUUUCCAUCACCCCGCCCCAUUCUCCCUCUUUCCAUCACCCCGCCCCAUUCUCCCUCUUUCCAUCACCCCGCCCCAUUCUCCUUCUUUCCAUCACCCCGCCCCAUUCUCCCUCUUUCCAUCACCCCGCCCCAUUCUCCCUCUUUCCAUCACCCUGCCCCAUUCUCCAGCUUUCCAUCAUCCCGCCCCAUUCUCCCGCUUUCCAUCACCCCGCCCCAUUCUCCCGCUUUCCAUCACCCCGCUCCAUUCUCCCUCUUUCCAUCCCCCCGCCCCAUUCUCCCUCUUUCCAACACCCCGCCCCAUUCUCCCUCUUUCCAUCACCCUGCCCCAUUCUCCCUCUUUCCAUCAUCCUGCCUCAUUCUCCCGUUUUCCAUCACCCCGCCCCAUUCUCCCUCUUUCCAUCACCCCGCCCCAUUCUCCCUCUUUCCAUCACCCCGCCCCAUUCUCCCUCUUUCCAUCACCCCGCCCCAUUCUUCAGCUUUCCAUCACCCCGCCCCAUUCUCCCGGUUUCCAUCACCCCGCCCCAUUCUCCCUCUUUCCAUCACCCUGCCCCAUUCUCCCGUUUUCCAUCACCCCGCUUCAUUCUCCCUCUUUCCAUCACCCCGCCCCAUUCUCCCUCUUUCCAUCACCCCGCCCCAUUCUCCUUCUUUCCAUCACCCCGCCCCAUUCUCCCUCUUUCCAUCACCCCGCCCCAUUCUCUCUCUUUCCAUCACCCUGCCCCAUUCUCCAGCUUUCCAUCAUCCCGCCCCAUUCUCCCGCUUUCCAUCACCCCGCCCCAUUCUCCCGCUUUCCAUCACCCCGCCCCAUUCUCCCUCUUUCCAUCCCCCCGCCCCAUUCUCCCUCUUUCCAACACCCCGCCCCAUUCUCCCUCUUUCCAUCACCCUGCCCCAUUCUCCCUCUUUCCAUCACCCUGCCCCAUUCUCCCGUUUUCCAUCACCCCGCCCCAUUCUCCCUCUUUCCAUCACCCGGCCCCAUUCUCCCUCUUUCCAUCACCCCGCCCCAUUCUCCCUCUUUCCAUCACCCCGCCCCAUUCUUCAGCUUUCCAUCACCCCGCCCCAUUCUCCCGCUUUCCAUCACCCCGCCCCAUUCUCUCGCUUUCCAUCACCCCCCCCCAUUCUCCCGCUUUCCAUCACCCCGCCCCAUUCUCCCUUUUUCCAUCACCUCGCCCCAUUCUCCCUCUUUCCAUCACCCCGCCACAUUCUCCCGCUUUCCAUCACCCCGCCCCAUUAUCCCGCUUUCCAUCACCCCGCCCCAUUCUCCCUCUUUCCAUCACCCCGCACAAUUCUCCCUCUUUCCAUCACCCCGCCCCAUUCUCCCCCUUUCCAUCACCCCGCCCCAUAUGUUGCAUAAUAUACGGAACGAAAUGGAAUCACGAAGGCUAGUAGUUGGCGGUCGCAACGGCUCGGCAGAUGGCGCACACGGCGCGCAAGGGGCGCGGGGGCUGCGGAUGGCGCACGGGGCGCACGAGACUCCAUGGGUAGACACGGAGGCGGGAGUGGAAGGUGUUCAUCUCUACGAAGCAGAUUGGUCGGGGGGAGUUGAAAGGGAUGGGGAUGACGCUAGCAAGGCCGCCCGGGGAGCAGCGGAGGCAACAGCAGAGGCGCAAGCGCCCGCGCAAGAGACGGCGCAAGAGACGGCGCAAGAGACGGCGCGGUUCUUCCUUUACCGGCUGAUCGGCAACAACAUGGCGCCGCUGCAGUGCGCGGGGCAGCUGCUCCGCAACACGCUGUACGCGCUACAGCACGAGGCGCGCGCGCUGCGCGAGUGCCGGCGGCUGUGGGUACUGAACCACGUGGUGAACGGCACGGAGCGCGCGCUGCUGCUGGACGCGCUGCUCGCGCACGGCGUGGCGCCACAGGACAUUCUUGUCCGUCGGAUCAACUACUCGCACAUCGCCACCCUUCCUGAGACCUCCUGGACCGAGGCUGUCACAGGUGAGGCGUUGACUGAGGCUGUCACAGGUGAGGCGUUGACCGAGGCUGUCACAGGUGAGGCGUUGACUGAGGCUGUCACAGUGUGGGCAUCUGAUGGGCAUGGCAUGGCAUGGCGUGGCAUGGGGGGCAGAGCAGCGCAGAACGAGGCGCGCAACUUCAUAUUGGAGCACGGCAGGGCGGCGGGGGCGCGGUGGGUGCUGGCGUUUGAUGGCAACCAGUUCAUCACCACACACGCCUGGGACCUCAUUCGCCGUGCGGCUCUCAGGCAUGAGAGGGCCGGGCUGAAGCUCUUCAAGGUGCCCAUGUACCGCGUGCACGAGGAGCAGUCGCCGCGCUGGCUGGCAUCGCGCACGCGCUUCCACGCGCUGCAGCGCUUCGCCCCGCAGAUGUGGGAGAGCCAAGUCGCCUUCCGCAACGACUCGCCUCACCGCUACACCGAGGGCAUGGCGUACGGGCGAGACAACAAGCUGGAGCUGAUCGACCGCGUGUGCGGCACGGGGCGCUUUGAGGAGGAGCACGCACAGCGCCGCCGCCAGCAGAUGGAGCAGCGGCGGCGGCAGAAGCAGGAGGAGCAGAAGAGGCAGAGGGAGGAGCGCAAGGUGGAGAAGGAAGGGCGGCAGCAAGAACAGGAGCGAGGUCGGCGCUUGUUGAAUGUGGAGUGCCGUGCAGGCAGCAACUUCAGUAACUCGAGCACACAGGACUGUGCGGCAGAGGAGGGAGCUGAGCUGCCCGUGCAGGGCAAGGGUUUGCAGCACCAGCAGCAGCAGCAAACGAGAGGUGUGGGGGACGGGGCAGUGCAGCAGCGGCGCCGGCUGCAGGAGGCGUUGCAGGUGGAUACAGGGCAGUGCGGGUGCCACAGGGAGGUGGGGCGUGACCACCGCAUUAAAGAAGCAGACCCCGCCGUGGCACACGCGUGUGGGUACACCGUGCGGCUGUGGUACUUCCCCUGCCCUGGCGUGGACGGCAAGCGCAUCUUCGUGGAUAAGAAGUACCGCGCAGCGCUGCGGGAGGAGGGACACCGCCGCCUGGCACAGCAGAUCAGACAGGCUGUGCAGCGGGUGGUGGGCAGUGGAGGAGAGGCGUCCAUGCAGGAGGGCUAG